AGGGCCCGGUGCAGCGCGGCAGAGCUUCCGCCAGGGGGCGCGCGGGAGCGCUGCCGCCCUUUCCGGCAGCCGCCGCGAUGCCGAUGAAGGGCCGCUUCCCGGUGCGCCGGACCCUGCAGUACCUCAGCCAGGGCGACGUGGUGUUCAAGAGCUCAGUGAAGGUUAUGACCGUGAACUACAACACGGCGGGAGAGCUGAGCGAAGGCGCGAGAAAGUUCGUGUUUUUCAACAUCCCCCAGAUCCAGUAUAAGAACCCUUGGGUGCAGAUCAUGCUGUUCAGGAACAUGACUCCCUCGCCCUUCCUGCGGUUCUACCUGGACAAUGGAGAACAAGUUUUGGUUGAUGUGGAAGAUAAAACCAACAAAGAGAUAACAGAGCAUGUUAAAAAAAUCCUGGGGAAAAGCAAAGGAACACUUGAAAAAGAAGAAAGAGAAAGGAAAAAACUAUCACAUCCAGCAACCUUCGGGCCCAAGAAGUAUCAUCUGCGAGAAUGCAUGUGUGAGAUUGAAGGCCAAGUUCCCUGCCCUGCUUUUGCACCAUUGCCCAAAGACAUGAGGGGAAAAUACAAAGCUGCUAUGAACAAUGAAUCAGCAGCCUGACAUCUCAAGAUCUCAAGUCAUGCAGCUGUUUUUCCUCAGGGCUGGACAAUGAAGGUGCUUCAGUGAGAGACAAGAGCUAACAGUUAGUGGGAAGAGGAACAAGCAAGUUCGUUCAGUACAGACAACUCUGCCUCAUAAACCUUCUUACAGCUACAUUUGAAUUGUUUGUAUUAUUACAAACAAUGAAUAUUUAAGUGAAAAAUGAAUAAAAGUCGAAACUGGCACCAAAAAAGCUGGGGUUCUACUAAGUAUUGCAGUCAACACUGGAAAACAAAAUUACUAGAGUCUUACUUCCUGUUCGUGCCUGGACAUAGACAAUUAUGGCAAAACCAGUAUCAUGUUUUCUUUGGGACAGAGAGGCUAGACUAGAAAGUUAAAUCUUGGAAGCAGCACAGAAUUCCAUAAUUUAUAUAAAGUGGUGCAAAAGUCCCUCUUGUACUAACUGAAGACAGCCAAAUGAUAAUGUAACUCCAAUCUCAAAUCAAAUAUUGAAUUUUCUUAAUUUAUGUAGUUGAAUCAGAAACAGUUCAGAGUCUUCAUUUCCAGCAAGAUACAACUUUUGCAGCUGAUACUGCAGCUCUGAGAAACACUGACCCAGUCAGGAACGGAGAAUGGGCAAACUGGUAUAUGAAAGAUAAGUUUUACAAUUAUCAAAAAAAACCCUUCUAAAUCAUCACAGCUUCUGCAUCACCAAACACUUACACCACACCUGUAAUAUGUAUAAACAUGAUAGACUGUACUCCAUUGUACAGACCUUUAUGUCAGGCUUAUCCAUGCCAGUUACUGUAGAACUGUAGUGCAGCAUUUCUGAACUCAUAGUUGAAUACAAAAUUUCACACUGAUUGAAGCAUCCUGUACAAAUUGUUAAGGACAAACACAACACAAAAUAAACAUGUUGUUUUAUUUCA